GCGGCCCCUCGGCUGGCGGAGGACGAUGAGGAGCGACGGAAGCGGCGAGGGGGGACGCUGCUGCGCAGCGCCGGGUUCCGAGUCCGCGGCCGACUCUGCAGCCUGCGAGCAGGUCUAAGUGAGAAAAAGAAGUGGGUAAAAAUAGCUCCAUCCUGGCCGAGAACACUCUGUGGCUCAGUAAGAAACUCAGGAGCACAUGACUGCCAUUUGGUUUCUACCUGUCUCCGGAGAAGUUCAGUGGUGGCAUCGCUGUGGGCGACGCACACACGCCUUGGCCACGAGCUCACACGUGGGUCGGGGAGGCCGCCGCCCUGCUGCCCUCUCCAUGCUUAGGGUUGCCCACUGCCUGGUGCGAGAUGAGACACGUGUUCAGAACAUGGAGAAGCAUGGCCCCCCCGGAAGUGGAAGAAGGUCAGCUCCCAGGAAGAAGCAAUGGCUGCAAGUGUCCUGAGUGAAAGAAGAGAGUGAUGGGUUUCCAGCUCUGCCUUGAAUUCUUUUAUUUCUGUAUGUAUGUAGGUAACACUCGUACACACACGGAACCUGAGUGAGUCUCCCUUACUUUCACACAGAGGGUCUAAUAUAGUCCCCAAACGAAUUCUGUUUUCUCUGGAACGUUACCUAGUGUGUGUCACCAAGAUGGGCCUGGUGACAGGGGCCGUGACAGAAGCGGUCACCUGAUGUCUGCCACACACUCAGAGAAGACGUCCUUCCACCUCAGAGAUUGGAGAAUGGCUGAUGUGGGGGGACCAAGGUCAUCUCUGAAAGAACUUUGUGAAGUUUUUCUAAAGUUCUUUAAAAGUCAUUUAAAAAGGUCUUAGAACUCACAAAGAAAAAAAAUAACAGUCCUAAUAGGUAAAAAUGAGUGUCUGAUGACAUCACCCCUAGCACGCACACCUCGGUGGGAGGUCUCUGUGGCUCCUGGUGAAGGUGAAGAUGUGCAGACUCCCAGCAGGUGUCUGCUGUCAGACCCCUGCAGGCGUUACAGGGGGACAUGCACAGAGACAUCUGCGGUGGUGCUGUCUGCAAUAAAACUACUUCUCGUAAUGAGUGAACAUGGAUGAGAAAUGGAGGCAGCCUAAAUAUAGUUUGUUCUGCAUUCCUAUAAGGCUUGUUAGAAUUCUCAGGGACAGCCAUCCUCCCAUUUCACAGAUGAGGAGGCCACGUAUUUUGCCCAGAGAGAGUCACAGCCUGGUUCUGGAGCCCUUCUCCUUGCUCACACGGUUUCUGCAACUUGCUGUUUGAAGCUGGUACAGAAUGGGAGGGGGACGGAGCACACAGAGGAGUCAUGUGUCCCUGGCCUCAGCUCAUGCCCAGGGACACUGUGGAGGUGUGAGCUCCUGACCACACGCCUGUGCUGGGGGCAGAGCAGCCGGGAAACGUCCAGAAGCCCGCCAUCAAGACAGGGCAGGACUGCCGUCUUUGCAGCCAGACCAAGUCCAGCAGCAGAGACUGGAAGCCAAAGUGUCUGUGGGCUGAGUCAGGUUGUUCGCAUGCCCAUUAGGCUGGGGCAGAGUCAGCCUAACAAGGACUGUAGGGAGAGAGCAUGCUGCUCCCAGUGGGGCUGGGCGGAGGCACUGGGAGCCGGAGAGAAGGCUGGGUUUCCCAGACCGCGUCGCAGUGAGCGACCACUUGCAGAUCGGUGGGAGGGCUUGUCAGGGUGGCCAGUCCCAGUAGGAAGGGCGCGCACAGGUUUCCCCUCAAAAUGCAUCCCCUGCAGAGAAAGAACGCCUCCGAUGGACUCUAAAUACACCUCCCAGAUUCGGUCACAGUCUGUGUGUUGCGUUGCUGAGACAGUAAUAAAGCAACUAUGCCCCAGUGGACUUCCGUGCCUCCUCUGAGGUCGUCUCAUUCUGUUUCCUACCUAGAGACCGUUCAUAAAUCAUUCUCCAGCUGAGUACAGUUCAGGGCUGCCACUUAGCUUAUCUGACCUUCACAUUAAUUAUUUUUAUUACAGCACCAGGAACCUCAAUGUUCUUUUCCCCCUGCCGCCCGGAGCCAUGUGGCCCCGAGUGGGGCAGCCCUGCCAUGCUUGUCCCGCACCUGGACGGCCGCAGGGCUCUCCCCAGUGGACCAGCCCACACCUCGAGUCCCGUCACGCCGGGGGAUGCACGGGGCCCGUGUAUGCGUAUGUGCGUGUGUGUGUGUGUGUGUGUGUGUCUUGAGAUGCCAUUAAAAUUCUUACAAAAACUGAAAGUGAAAUGAGGAAAUGAUUGGGCAAUCGGAUUGAAGGGCCAGUGCCAGGAAGACCUAUCAUACAGUGGGGGCCGGGAUGCAGCGGGGCAGACGGCGGGAGGCUCAGGAGAGCUCUCCUGCGGGCGACAGCAGGGCCAGGCCCUGGAGUCAGUGCAGGACACCAGCAAGCACAGCUCACAGGAAAUGAUCCAUUCCCUGCGCUCGCUCACUCGAAAGGCCCGAACCUCCAAAGUUCCAGGAGUGCCAUGGAUGGCUGUGCAGGCCAGCGGUCACGCCUUUCUCCCUGCCUGGAGAGGGGAGAAGAAAUGAAACUGAGGGAGUGUGUCUCCAUCCCCCCCCUGAAGGAAAGCCCCUCUGUCCCAUUCUCCAAAGAUGGAGCGCUGCUGGCCGUGACCCUGCUGCUGGCCCUGAUGGCCGGCUGCCUCUCGGUGCUGGCUUUCUGCAGGGUGGCCGCCCUUCAGGCCGAGCUGGGGAGCCUCCAGGCGGAGCUGCGGCAACACCAGGCAAAGCGGCUGCCAGGCCCCCCCCAGGCCGGAGCCGCGGCCCCCGGGGCAGCCGUGCGGAAGGCUCCAGCUGUCACCUCGGCUCUGAAAGGGAUCUUCGCACCACCCGCUGCAGGAGAGGGCAACUCCAGCCAAAGCAGCAGGAACAAGCGUGCCCUUCAGGGUCCAGAAGAAACAGUCACUCAAGACUGCUUGCAACUGAUUGCAGACAGUGACACACCUACCAUACGGAAAGGAGCAUACACGUUCGUUCCGUGGCUGCUGAGCUUUAAAAGAGGAAGAGCCUUGGAGGAGAAGGAAAAUAAAAUAGUGGUGAAAGAAACCGGUUACUUCUUUAUAUACGGUCAGGUUUUAUACACCGAUAACACCUUUGCCAUGGGACACCUAAUACAGAGGAAAAAAGUCCACGUCUUUGGGGACGAAUUGAGUCUGGUGACUUUGUUCCGAUGUAUUCAAAAUAUGCCUGAAACACUACCCAAUAAUUCCUGUUAUUCAGCUGGCAUCGCAAAGCUGGAAGAAGGAGAUGAGCUCCAGCUUGCAAUACCACGUGAGGACGCUAAAAUAUCACGAGAUGGGGACGGCACGUUUUUUGGUGCAUUGAAGCUUCUGUGACCUACUUACACCUUGUUUGUGGCUGUGUUCCUUCCUUUCUCUGUACCUCUAAGGAGAAGAUACUUAACUGGAAAUACCAAAAGGAAGAAAAACAGUAGUUACCAUAUAGCCUUUUCUGGGAGCUACUUGUUUUGAUUUGCUGAAACUAGACCAAAACAGGAAAUUUAACAGACAACCACAGCCAAAGGGUGUCAUGUGAAUUACAAGAACUAGGGCCCGUUUAGGGAAAGCUAGAAGUAAGGUUCUCACUGUAAUGCCAUGUUGACCGACUUAGUCAUGGCUUCUUGACCUGGACGGAGCACAGAUUGCAAGGGGACAAAAAUCAUUUCUUCCAAAACAGCAUUCCAUUAUCGACUGCGGAACUAAGUGUCCCUGUCUGUGGCACAUGAGGACAUUCUUGGGGAAUCUCAGGAUCCAGCCUUUCUCUUUAGGUUAAGUAUGCCCCUCUCCUCUUGCAGUUAACAUUGUGGAAAGUAGAACAAAACAAAACAAAAGGAUAGAAAUCUUGCAUUGGACAUAUGAAAAAGUAAUUAAAAGCUUACAUGGAAAUAUAUUAAGCAGUUGGACUUAAAAUACAGGUACUAUUUAAAUUCUUCUGGUUUACUUCAAGUCUGCAGUUUUUAUCUGUAAUAUUAUAUCACCUGAUGGCCCACCAGAUAUUUUUCACAGGAGGGAAGUCAUUCUGUUGUGUGUCUAUACCUAACAUGUAUUUUUUUCUAGCUAAUUUCAGUCACUUCAGAAACUUUACCGGGGGGUAAUUCCGAUUCUUACACACACGAGCAUGAAGUG